AUGUCCACGCUUAUUAAAUCUGCCAAAUCCAUUGUUCCUCUAUUGGACCGUGUCUUGGUGCAAAGGGCUAAAGCCGAAGCCAAAACUGCUUCUGGCUUGUAUCUGCCCGAGAAGAAUGUUCAAAAGAUGAACCAGGCAACUGUUUUGGCCGUGGGACCCGGAUUUACCGAUGCAAACGGAAAUAAAGUUGUGCCUCAGGUGGCUGUUGGCGACCAUGUGUUGAUUCCACAAUUCGGAGGCUCCAGCAUCAAACUCAAGGAUGACGACGAGGUGGUGUUGUUCCGCGAUAGCGAGAUCUUGGCCAAACUCAACGAGUAA